UCCCUCCUGGAAACCAACAAACAAGAAAUCAAGUUAAACAAAAUGCUGGAAACCUCUCCAUUUCUCUCCUUGAUUCUCUCAAGUAUUCCACCAAGUAAUGUUUAAUGUAUAUAUAAUAUUAUAUAUUAUAAACCCUUGUCUAGAACUUUCUUUCUCUUCAAACACUCUAGGAUUUAUAUCCUUUUCUUCUUCGCAGAGCAACAUAUCUUCAACUUGUUGGAAUGUGGGAUUUAUAGUGUACUUUUUUUUUCCUGUUGAGGCUCCAUUUGUUUGCAAUCUUUGGGCAAAGCCGUACCAAAAACCCAAAAACUAUGAUUUACCCAGUGAUUUCCACUAAAAACCCAAUAUUUUUAACCGGUUCAAAGAUCCCAAGAAACCAGGAGAGAUGCUCAAAGUUAUCAAGCUUUCAGUCAAGAUCAAUAUUCAGGUCUUUCCACCAUCAAAAUCCUGGUAUAAAACCCAAGACCCAAUUUUUAAACCCUGUUAUAGGAACCAACCUUGGUGAGGUUUCUGUCAGGAAGGGCAAAAAAAAGAAGGAAAGUUUAUGGCAACAAGGCUUUCAAGAAAUGUUGGGUUUGUGUGGGUUGGGAUAUUGGGUUCAGGGUUUUAGGUGUUUCCCAUGGUUGGCUUUGAAUUUCCACAUGGCUUAUAACCUUAACUUAAACCCUUCAACAUUGCAGCUUGUGCAGAACUCUGGCAACCUACCCAUGGUAGCGAAGCCUCUGUUUGGAAUUCUCUCAGAUGCUCUCUAUAUUGGGGGUGCUCAUAGGAUACCUUAUAUUUGCAUUGGAGUACUUCUGCAGGUCCUGUCUUGGGGUCAAUUGGCUUUGUUUCCAGUUGCAGGUCAAGCGCUUCCUGCUCUCAUGGCAUGUGUUCUUCUCAGUAAUACAGGAGCAGCUGUUACAGAAGUCGCAAAGGAUGCUCUUAUUACAGAGUAUGGCCAGAAACACCGAAUUACUGGACUCCAGUCUUAUGCCUUCAUGGCUUUAGCUGCUGGUGGGAUCCUGGGGAACUUACUAGGUGGAUAUUUCUUAGUCAAAUUACCACCCAGGAUGAUGUUCCUCGUUUUUUCGGUUCUAUUAUCUAUUCAGCUUCUAGUUUCUUUAUCUGCCAGUGAAGAAUGUCUUGGCUUAGCUCGAUCUUUGGGUCCCGUUCCAACUGGACAGUCAGUUUCAGAAAAUAUCAGAAAGCAGCUAUCUGAUCUUAUGAUUGCCAUCAGUGAAGACAGCAUAUUCCGACCUUUAACUUGGAUUGUAGCUUCCAUUGCUAUGGUUCCUAUUCUGUCAGGCUCAAUCUUUUGUUAUCAAACUCAAUGUCUGCAUCUUAAUCCUUCAGUUAUUGGAAUGUCGAGAGUGAUUGGCCAGUUGAUACUUCUUUCUUUGACUGUGCUUUAUAACCAUUAUUGGAAACAAAUUCCCAUGAGGAAGUUGAUCGGUGUUGUACAGAUUUUGUACGCAUCUUCCCUUCUUCUUGACCUUGCUUUGGUAAGAGAGAUCAAUCUUAGUAUUGGAAUUCCUAAUGAAGUGUUUGCCCUUUGUUUUUCGGGUUUAGCAGAAACUCUUGCACAAUUUAAGAUCCUUCCUUUCUCGGUGCUACUUGCAACUUUGUGUCCUCGGGGUUGCGAAGGAUCCCUUACUUCUUUCUUGGCAUCAGCAUUGUGCCUAUCAUCGAUUUUUAGUGGAUUUUGGGGAGUUGGGUUGGCUGCUAUGCUUGGAAUAAGAUCCAAUGAUUACUCCAACUUGCCUGUGGGAAUUUUGAUACAGUUCCUUGCAGCACUACUGCCUUUAGGAUGGAUUCAUCAUGUUCCUAUGUCUCAACCUGUUGAGAAGAAAAGAAAGAAAGGUAUGAGUAAAAGAAACCGAAAAACCAGAAGGAUUGGAAGAGUUGUGGUUGGUUCAGUUUUUGCUUACCGCCGAGAAAGAGAAUCUGAUGCACAGAAGUAGAGAAGCUAUUCAACUUGGCUGUGACUUGUGAGAACUUCUUAUGAACAUAAUGAAAAAUGCUAGAUAGUUGAAGUCCCAUAUUUUAUUGAAUUGAUGCCACCUUCUGUGAAUCAGUUCUAUCUCAAGUUCCCUUUCAGUGUCAGGCUGCCAUCAUUGAGCGGGGGUCAUCAGCACUAUGAACCCAGCAGUUUUUUGACAUACAAUUAGCUCUUUUGCUUUUGACCAUUGCAUUUACUUAUUCUCUCCAAGCUUUACUACUCCAUAAUCAGUUAUGCAUUACCAAGUUCAGAUAUCUGGAAACCCCGUAUCAAAGAGAGGUGAUGAAAGUGGUGUGAGUGCAAUCAGAUUAUAUGUAUUGUCUUGGAGGUUAAGGUGUACACAUCGGAUUAGGUUCACCACAGAUUUGGCAUGAACUUGUAAAAGCAACUGCAUCCUGUGCAGACGAAAUGAAUUUGUAACAGAGUUUUGAAUGGUUUA